CGACAAAACUCAGUAUUUUGUGUUUAAAGAUCUAUAUAUAUGUACGAAAAACAAGCACUAUAAAGUUAGAUAUAUAUUUCAGAAUUCACUCUCUCAUCCAGAACUCACAACGUCUAAAUUCUAGAGCAUUGCUCGUUGAUUAUAUGUCCGAAAGACGUCUCGGGCAAAGAAUUCCAAUGUGCGAGAGAGCUAGCAGUAGCAAUGUACGAAAACCAUCAUUUCCCCCCUUGAGUUAUGGGAAGAAUAAUAGGACCGUGCCGCGACGAACAUCAAAGCAGAAUAGGAAGAGAAAAACUAUAGAAAGAUGUAAAUCUGAGCCUUGUCUUUGGAGAGUUAAUGGAGUUGGUGAUAAUGACGAUGAUCGUCGAGAUGUGACGACGUCGUUGGAGGUUCUUUUCCGGCCACAAACUUGUUCAGAUAUAUUUUUUUCACCGGAUUAUUUGAAUAAUAUUCCUUCUCCGCAGGGUUUUCAGGGGUACAAUAAAGAUGCCAAAGUUGUGAUUAAUGUCACAGUUGAGGGCACUCCUGGACCAAUUCGAACCAUGGUUAAGUUAGGAUCCAGUGUGGACGAGACCAUAAGAUUUGUGCUAAGCAAAUAUAAAGAAGAAGGUCGCAAUCCUCAUCUUGAUGAAAUUGCUUCUUCAUCAUUCAAAUUAUACUCUUCUUACUUCAGUCUUGAGAGCUUGAGUAAUUCAGAUAUGAUUGGAGAUGUGGGGAGCAGAAGCUUUUAUCUUCGCAAGAGUAAUAAUAAUGGAAAUAAUUCAAGAAAUGCAGAAAUAGCAAUGGAGAUUACUUCAAUGGAGGCAAAUUCUAAUCCAAUUCUUGCUAUCCCAGGAUUAUUUGCUUUGAAUAUCAAUAAAAUGAUAAGAAGAACAAGCAAGUUUUGGAAAUUCCUUGGUUGCAUACAGUGUUUUGGAUAACUGGUUAAGUCAGAGGCGAAUAUAGAACGGAUUCAACAGGUUCAACUGAAUUAAAGGAAGUAUACAUGUCUCUCCCUCACGGAUAUUCUCCACAGGGAGAGAACUCAGUUUGCCGCCUGAAUCAGUCCCUUUAUGGACUUAAACAAGCGUCCCGAAAUGGGUUUGCAAAAUUUUCUUCUGCUUUACUGGAUGCUGGUUUUCUUCUAUGUACUUUCAACUGGAAUCUCUGUACUUGU